ACAUUUUUCCCCUUUGUAGGAGCUAGUCUCCUUUGUUGCGACAAGACACCCGACGAACUGACUAGCAACUGGAAGUGUUCGGAACAAGCAGGCUUCUGGGCGAGACCCAGCUGCUCGAGUUCGGCACGGGAGCUUUCACAAAAGAGCCGAGUUUCGGGGACACGCGAGGUGACUUCGCAGAGAGACUGACCCGAGUGGGGAAAACGUCUGAGCGGGGACACGGCCCCCUGGAUGCCAGCAUGGCCACCGCGAACCUGGAGAACCAGCUGCACAGCGCGCAGAAGAACCUGCUGUUCCUGCAGCGGGAGCACGCCAGCACGCUCAAGGGCCUGCACGCCGAGAUCCGGCGGCUGCAGCAGCACUGCACAGAUCUGACAUACGAGCUGACACUCAAAAGUUCGGAACAGACAGGAGACACACCUGCCGGGAGCAGCGAGCUGCAGAGAAGGUGCGAGGAGCUGGAGGCGCAGCUGAAGGCGCAGGAAGAGGAGAAUGCCGAGCUGCUGCGGGAGCUGGAGCAGAAGAACGCCACGAUCGCGGUGCUGGAGAACACCAUCAAGGAGCGGGAGAAGCGGUACCUGGAGGAGCUCAAGGUGAAGAGCCACAAGCUGAACAUGCUGUCCAGCGAGCUGGAGCAGCGCGCCGGCACCAUCGCCUACCUGACCUCCCAGCUGCACGCCACCAAGAGGAAGCUGCUCAGCUCUAGUGGGACCUCGGACGGCAGCCCGUCGGGGAGCCCCGUGGCCAGCUACAAGCCGGCCCCGCCCAGGGACAAGCUGCCCGAGACCCCCCGCCGCCGCAUGAAGAAGAGCCUCUCGGCCCCGCUGCACCCGGAGUUCGACGAGGUCUACAGGCUGGGGGCCGAGGGCCGGAAGCUCCUGCUGCGGGAACCGGUGGACGCCAUGCCCGACCCCACCCCGUUCCUGCUGGCCAGGGAGUCGGCCGAGAUGCACCUGGUCAAGGAGAGGCCCUUGGUCAUCCCCCCCAUCGCCUCGGACCGCAGCUCCGGCGAGCAGCCCGGCCCGGCCCGCGAGAGGCAGCACAAGGUCCACGUGGGCGUGGCCCACCGCAUCCCCCACGGGGCCUCGCCGCAGGCCCCGCCCGAGGUGGAGACGCUGGCGGUUGACCAGGUGAACGGAGGCAAGGUCGUCAGGAAGAACUCAGGGACGGACAGAACUGUGUGAGGCCUGCCGGGCGCCCUUCACCCUUGGCCGUCCACGCACUGUGACCACCGCUAGGAAAACUCAUCCGUCCACACACCUUUUUUUUUUUUAAAUUUUCAUGCAUGCCAAAUUGUUUUCAGACCUGUCAACAGAUUAUCCCCACCACUCCACUUGCUCUCACACCAAAAUGUGAUCGUGUCCCUGCUGCUGCUGCUGCUGCUGCUGCAGACACUGUUUACUAACCGCUGUGGCCAAACACCCGCGUGCCGAAUGGCUUGCUUCCCAGCCCCGCCCUGCGCCUCUCAGCGCGCUCGGCCGGAGCGCGGGCCGCGGCUGCACGCUGCCGAGCGUUCGCGAGCUCAGACGGCCACACGCCCACUCCAGCGGAGCCACGCGCGUUUCCCGGACUGCCUGUGCGGGGCGGCCCGCCCCCCGAGCCCCUGUAACCUCCCACAGACCUUCCCCAGGGCGACACCGUGACCGAGCGGCUGUAUGUGUAUGUCACAGGCACUAAAUAAGAUGACGUUUCUCCUUCUAUCACCACCACCUGAAGUGUGUUCAUAUUUUUUGUUAGUUUUCUCCAAAAUGUUCCAGAUCCCAACAAACUUUAUUUUCUAAACCUGCCUCCUUUCUGUUUUGUGUCUUUUAUUAAACCAGCGGAGGGAGGGGAUGACGGGAGGGGCAGACACGGCGGGCCUCCCCGUAACCGCCGUGUUCUCACCCAGACGGUGGGCUCGCCACUUCUGGAAAGAGGUGUCUGCUUCCUCACGGACCAGAGCUACCAUUUAGAACGUUCUGGUCUCCGGAAGUAGUGGCAACAACUACUGCCCGUGACUGCCCCCGCCCUCUGGGGGGGCCCGGCUCCAGGCUGGCCCUGCGGUGCGCAGGAGGAAGGGACCGCCGUAGCCUCCAGUCCCGGAGGUCGUGAGUCUGCGCCCAGCCCCACACAGACCUGGACAGUGUCUAAACACCACGCUUGACAGCCUCACCCGCCCAGGGCCGGCCAGAGGCUGAGGAGCAGCGGGCCAGAGGGUCUGGAAGGGACGGGGCAUCUGGGAUGACUCGGCCUGGGUCAGCCCCGGGAAGGCGUCCUGCCUGCCGCAGCGCAGCAGCCGGGGCCCGCGGCCCACCCCUCCACAGGCAGCUCUCGCCCCAGAGAGGUAUCUGCCCACACGGACCACAGACAGACAGACAGACCAUGGACGGAGAUGAUCUCACACACACACACAUCCACCCGUGCAUGUGCCUCUGGAAAUUUACAUCGGAAUUCUCACUUUGCCUUAGGCUUAAUCAAGUGUUUCUUCUGAGAAUGAAAAUAAAACACUCAACACCUUAAAA